CGCGUCCUCGUCCACUCAUCCCUGCCCGCACGCGUCUCCAGGAACACGAUAAUUGCGCGUCACCAAGAUUCCCGCAUAUGGUCUAUGGGCGAGAGAGUUCUCGCUCAUCACAGAUACCACUUUUACUCGUCGCCCUUAGUUAAUGAUAAAUUGUGGUAAACUUAUGAACAGAGCGUUGCAACUACAACACACCAAGUCAAUAUAAGGUUCUCCAUUCCAUAACUUUGGUCUGGAUCGUGCUCAGCGCCGGACCAUUUGCAUCUUGGUACGGAAUAUCGCGGGUGCGCUGCUUCAGCCAUGCCAAAAAGGCCCCGACCGGUGCCAGAUCAGGCUCCAGUCCCAAGAAAGAGCCUUCGCAUUUCAAGAGCAGUCGGACGCGGUGAGAGCAACUUGGUCGAGGCAACCCCUUUCAGCGGGAUUCAUUCCGGUGCAUCUUCGGUAUCUCCGAUUCAUGUAGCAAAGACAGAACUACAUCCCAAAAAUGAGGCGACCACCGCUGAUACAGCAAGUCUCGAGAGUCAGCAAGGUUUCAAGGCAUCGGAGAUAUUAGCCGGCGGUUUUGACCAGCUUCUCAAAGACUACCCAAACACCGUUCCCAAGGAACUCCGGCCGUUGGAUAAACGACGCUUAGAGGAACUCCCUGCUAUCUUGAAGAGCCGUGGAGAUCAAUUCCCGAACCCAUACCUCGAAAAAGACGAACUCGUGGAACUAGUCGAGUGGAAAUUGAAACAUGGAAAAUUUCGUCCAACGUUGCUGGCGUUGGUCAAAUCAAACGACUCCGAACGAGUGAAGGAGGUGACCUCUGAUGCCUUUUCCAUUCUUGUUACGAAAAAACGUGGUCCUCAGGAAGUCCGGGAGGCCAUGAAACGGCUUUGCGAUCUCAAAGGCAUUGGGCCAGCCACGGCCUCACUGAUGCUUUCUACAUUUGAUGAAGACAAUUUGCCAUUCUUCUCUGAUGAGCUCUUCCUGUGGUUACAUUGGGAUGAACCUGUCAACGCAGGCACGGCGCCCAAGGGGAAUGGAACGGGAUGGAAGCGGAAUAUUAGGUACACGGCGAAGGAGUAUGAGUCCCUCAUUGACAAACUUGUGCAAGUAAAGGAACGCCUGAAAACAUCCCACAAUAGAGAUUCAACAGCACUUGAGUGGGAAAAGGUUGCAUGGGCACUUGGGAAACAGCAGAUGCUUGGCUGAAGUGAUAAUGCAUAAUAGGACAAGUCGGUUAGAACAAUGUAGGAGACUUAUCUUCGCAGGUUUCAAGAGAGGACGCAAAACAAGGCAUGAUCGACAGAUGCAUUCAUGCAGAAAGGGAUUUCAGGAUAGUGUGAGAUCCAGGUCCACAAUGCAAGUAAUGAAACAAGAUCCUAGAUGCUGGUGAAAGAAGAGAGUGGUAUAGCCAUGCGGGAUGAUGAGGCAUCGGAUGAUGGCAAUGCAAGACUCUAGGAGCAACUGGGACAUUCUUGAACAGGUCUCAGAUAGCAUAAGCCUAGUGUAGCCUGUGUUGACUGAAACACGGAAUAAGGAAUUGUUUGGAAAUAUGGAUUGCAAUAAAGGAAUGGCAAUGGUUG